UACUCAGCUACGGAUCGUGGAUGGGGUUGUUUGGGCUACUGCUUCUGGAGUGUGUGCGACAAUGCAGCAGUUCUCCACCUCUCUACUGUGUGCUGACCAUCAAAGGCCGCUCUCGCUUUCUAUCCCUAUCGAUUGGAAGAACCACGGAGCAAAUUGCUUCGACCAUCUGCUUUCAAAUCUCUUCAUUUGUCUCACAAGUCGGCUCGAAAGUCUCAGAAAGGGAACGAGUAUGGUCGAUGAAGUCAUCGAGAUCGCCAGCCAACGUACAGAAUUCAAGCAUUAGCUUGAACUGUCUGUUAUGGCUUCCAGCACAGAGAUUGUGCCGACCCCAUUUCACAGCGCUCAAACACUGAGCUAUCUCGCUGGGCGUUGCAUACUCUAUCUUCCAUGCUUUCCCUUCGACAUUGGUCACUAACAACCUCAAGAUGAAGACCAGACAGUUCUCCAUACGUCCUGAGGGCAAGUCCACCGACUUUCUCUAUUGUUAUGCAACAUCAUCUUACCAUUUCGUGGCUACAAUAUGCUAAUGCAACUAAGUCUAGACCUGUCCAUCAUCUCAGUCGCGUCGCUCGAGACGAUAGUCUACCUCUUCUUCCUCCUCCUCCCCGUGGGCAAAUGAUUGGCCCACAAUCAUUUUUACCUCAUGAACAUGUUCUCUCUUUCCAUGUCUAACCUCCACCUCCCCGGCACUUUUGGCGAGCUAAUCAACGACACGGCAGAAUAAGCAAGAGACGCCAGCGCCAGCGGGGAAGAAGCGCGCCUCACACGGCAGCAGCUCGACGACAACGCAUCCCGUUGCACCCGCUAUCCCCGCACAUCCUGCAGCGAUCCUGCCCCCAGGAGCUUGCAAUUCUCCGUACCAAACAUGAUGUCUGUCCCAUAAGCCCGCUUUCAGAGGGGUGAGAAGGUGUGGGCUUUGUUUGUCGGGUAACGACACAGGUUUCGAAGCUCUUUGAAAUACCAUAGGCGACAUGGCCCAGACACCGAACCUCCAUUCUGCAUCAUCCUCCAUACGUCUCCUUCGCCACCCUUCUUCUUAUCUCACAGCCCGUCAGCCUGGCUUAUAUCGAUACACUGGAAAAAAGGGAUUUGGGAAACGUCGUAUCAACACCUUGUAUCCUUUACUGCGCAUAAGUUACGGUUCAUAAAUCUGACGCCCGCCGCCACCAUGGAGCCCGAUCUAUCCAUGAGCAUCACCAUGCAUCCGCACCCCUUCCGGCUGCACACGCCAUCCCAUCUAGCAAACACCUCCCGCAGAGGCUCGAUGCAACUUUCCAGCGAGGAUGCCGCAGUUAACGCCUCUAGUACGGCCAUAGAGGCCGCGCCUCAUCAUCCCGCCUCGCACGAUGAGAAACACGAACCCAUCGCCCGACACUCUUCUGCCGCUACCGAUGUCGAAGGCCAGCCCCAUUUGCGAUCCGAUUCGGAUCCUUACGGUCUCUCCGCGGCCUUCAAGACGCCGGAGGACCUCGCCCAGAUCAGAGCCAACACCUCGCGCAAACGGGACAGUCAACCCGCCUCCGACAAAGCCAGCGGUAGAACUUCGCCAAACGGCUCCUGGCGUCAGGGCCACAAGGUCCAGAAGUUCUACGAAACGCAGAACGCUGCCAUCGAGCGCAUGCUCAAGUCCGUCGACGAGCAUGUUGCAGAGGCCCGCCAGGAAGCCGGCGACGACCAGCUGCAGUUCCGGAUUGCCGUUUGGGGCUCCUUCGCCGCAAACAUCCUCCUCACAGCUCUACAGCUGUACGCAGCCAUCAGCACCGGCUCCCUGUCGCUCAUCACCACAAUGGCCGACGCCAUCUUUGACCCCAUGAGCAAUCUGACCCUUAUCCUGGCCGGCCGUGCGAUCAAAAGGGUGAACCCGCGCCGCUUCCCCGCUGGCAAGGCCCGCCUUGAGACUGUCGGAAACAUCGUCUUUUGCUUCCUCAUGAUCUCAGUCUCGCUCAUCAUCAUCGCCUUUGCUGCGCGCGAGCUGGCUACCGAGAGAGAGUCGGCCAACGAGACAAAGGCUUUCCGCAUUGAGCCAAUUGUUGCCGUGUGUUGCGCCUUCGCGACCAAGUUUGUACUCUUCUUGUACUGCUUUUCCCUGCGAAACCGGUAUUCUCAGGUUCGUAUCCUCUGGUCCGACCACCGCAACGACUUGCUGGUGAACGGCUUCGGUAUCCUCACAUCUGUUGGCGGUUCAAAACUUAAGUGGUAUAUCGACCCAACUGGCGCCAUAAUAUUGUCACUGAUUGUAUCCGGCAUCUGGUUGCGAACCGCCAUCGCCGAGUUUUUGCUACUCGUCGGUGUGACCGCCUCGAUCGAGACCCAGCAGCUCAUCACCUACGUCUGCUUGACGCACUCCCCUGCCAUUCAGGGCAUCGACACGGUGCGUGUCUAUCACUCGGGCCCACGGCUCAUCGCCGAAGUGGACAUAGUCAUGGACCCCGCCAACACGCUGGCCCAGACGCACGAUGUGGCAGAGGCGCUGCAAGUCAAGUUGGAGAGUCUACCGGAUGUGGAGCGGGCCUACGUACAUAUCGACUACGAGACUACACACAAGCCGGAGCAUGCGUUCAAGAAGGACCUGUAAAGAUGUGUAAUAGUAUACGCCAAAAAGUUGAUAGCGAAGCUCUCACAAGAAACAUUGAAGAGCAUUAUUAUGACAGUUACACCGCAACAGAGCGCCGAUGGUUCCCAAUGUUCCUUCUGGGGCCGACUCAAGUGACAAGCGCUUUUCAUAAACAUAUAACAACACCAUUUCGGCUCAUUAGGUUUUUGACACCAGUAUGAUGCGAGGGCCAGCCUCUGCGGAUAUACUGUGUAUGGUUUAUAUGAACAUCCGCUCCCCAGUAGUGGUAUGGCAAAAGGCACAGACUCUGCUCUUGCCCACAACAUCUGUAUCCACUUAACGUUAGCAUCCUCAGGUUGUCCUGGGCAAAUGGGGGAUACGCACUUUGCCACAGGGCUGUCUCGAUGUCCCAAAAUACUUGCUGGUGAUCUCUCUGCUCGAUGAGCUGCAUACGGCUUAUCACGCUUGCGACAUUCCGGCCACUACUAAGAGACUUGAGCCACUGAUCACAACAACAGCCCGGCCGAAAUGUGACCAAGCGUAGCUGAAGCAGUGUCGAUGAACGCAGAUAUUGGAUAAAGGGGUCCAUUCGGUGGCUCUGCGUCGCCCGUAGCCUCAGCCCGACAACAAAGUCAUUGCGGCCAUAGAGUAUCGGGGUGGCUUCUUGUUCGAUCUGCUUGCAUGUCUGUAGGAUCUCGACGUGAGGUUUCCUAUGGGUAAGCGAUACGACGCGAGGUCUCGGGCGGGGAGCCCGUAGGUAGGCGACUUGGUGCUCCGGUGGCUCAACUUUGACGUGGAGCUGGCGGCGGUUGCUCGACACGAUAAUGGGCUCCGGGUUGAGGAGUAGGAGCUCGUAGAUGUCUAGGCGGAGCUCGUAAGGGAGACUGAAAAAGUCUGGGCGGCGCGGGCUAGGCUCCGCAGUGAUUGGCCGUAAUGGCUAUAAGAAGUGAGUGUGUUUGAACAUUAUAAUUGAGAUUGGUUCCAGCAAGGACCGCUUCCACGAGAGAACGGACAGGGCUAUGAACAUGCAAAAUGCUGUGAGGCCCCAAUGUGGUAGGUAGGUAAAUAGGUAACAGGCUCUGAGUCUGGAAGACGACCAGUCCAGUGACUGCAGGACUGAAAGUGCCGUGCCGGGUAGACCCUUGAUGCAGAUCAUCAGCUUGAGCUGCGAGAGCUGUUGGAUCCCCGCACCGAGAUGCGGAGGUGGUCCACAGGGUCCUUCUUGCUUUGCCCACCUCACUGCAUCCCUCAGCUCAUGUGACGUUUGUGUAAAGUGUUGGGGUGAGUGAGUAGGCAAAGGUAGUGCCAUGCUACUACACAGUGUAAUAGAAGAUGAAUAUCACCAGAUGGUCCACACUCGUGUCCAACGUCUUCUGGCAUCCCACCCCAACGAUGGUGGAAUGCAGAUACGGAACUCGGUGAUGGACAAAAGAUCAGAUGCAGACUCACAAUGACGGCUUGUGUCUGUAGUU